AUGAGGAAAGAGUUAGAUGAAGUUAAGAAUGCCAUGAAGGGAAAGACAACGAUAAAUCUUGAUGGCAUGAUCAAGAGGACAGACUCACCCUUCACUACCAGCGUUUUGGAGUGUCCUUUACCUCCCAAAUUUCAUCUCCCACAGCUGGAGGUUUAUGAUGGCAACAAGGAUCCCCUAGAUCACAUAGGGGCAUUCAAGACGAUAUUAAACCUCCAACAGACCCCGGGCAAGGCGAUCUUUCCCAGCAACCCUCAGAGGAGUAGCAAGAGUGUGGAAGGGGAAACCUUGAGAGAGUAUGUAAAACGCUUCAACAAAGCAGUGUUUGAAAUUGACGAGGCAGACAAUCAAGUGAUAAUGAUGACCUUCCAAGCAGGGUUGAAUAGUCUUGACCUUGUCUUCUCUCUAGGGAAGACUCCACCAACCUUGAUGGCAAAUCUGUUGUUCAAAGCACAAAAGUAUAUGAAUGGAGAAGAUACAUUAACUGCAAAGGGAUUAAUGGGCAAACGAAAAAAAGAAGAGAAUGUUGAGUCGCAGGGUAAGAAGAGGGAUUACAAAGACAAUCUCUCAGAUACCAAGGCCAGCAAAAGUAGUUCGGAAGCACCAUCGAAGAAAAAGUUGAAUUUCAUUCCUUUACUAAUGCCUGUGGACAAAAUCUUCAUGCAAAUAAAGGACGACCUUGCUCUAAAAUGGCCUAAAUCGUUGAGCUCAUCCUCAAAACGAAGAGAUUCAAAGAAGUACUUUCACUUUCACAAGGAUUAUGGUCAUUACACUGACGAAUGUCGAGAUUUGAAAGAAUAG